UUGUACAGCUUCACUCUAGUUUUGGUGGAAACAACUCUGCCCUUCGAUAUGCCUUCACCCAUACAGCUAGCAAAUGGGGCUCCCCAUUAUCAGAAUUGGUACCAUAAAAAGACUAUGAGUUUGCCAAGUGAGCUGCGCAAAUAUACAACAAUGGCUCCAUCAGCUGGCAGUCUCAGAUACUCAUUAUGGAAACUGACGAUCCCAUUGAGACAAUGACGUAUGUUACAAGGAAUGACAAACGAUGGAGUCUGCUCCUCCCCUUAACCUGUCCACAACUGUCAAAGUAGAGGACUUGAGGGCAAUGGUUCCAGAAGAGAAUGCUCACGAAUAUACCGUUGAAGGAGAGGUGGUUGAUGAGGACAGUGGUACUGUUGAUGAGGAUGGCAACACACUAGCCUUGGAUGAGGAGGAAGGAAACACAAAAGAAUUGAUAAACAACCAUGAGGAUACAAAAGAAAACCUCAUAUCAGAAGCCAAACAUCUGAUGUCUAGAGGUCGACUAGGUUCAAAAGAAAAGGAAUACAAGUGCUCUGAGUGCCCAUCAGCAUUUGUAAGGGCUAGUCAGCUACGGGCACAUGAAAGGACACACUAUGAGGAACAGGCAUAUGAAUGUGACCAGUGUGAUGAAGUAUUCAUCCGGAUUGGGUUACUGAUGAGUCAUCGAAGAGAUAAUCACCGCCAAAGUUUCUCCUGUAAUGAAUGUGAUGCCAAGUUUUCCCAUUCUAAUAGUUAUAAACUCCACUUUCGGCGACACAAAGGUGAUAAGCCCCAUAAGUGCUCAGACUGUAACAUGGCCUUUGUACAACAAUGUCAUCUCAAUAUUCAUCGUCGUAUACACACAGGAGAGAAACCUUUCAAGUGUGAACUAUGUCAACAAAGAUUUAAGCAAGUGUCUCAUUUGACAACACACAUGAGGGUCCACACUAAUGACAAGCCAUUUACAUGCUCUCUUUGCCAAGCAUCAUUUUCUCAAACAAGUAGUCUAACAAGACAUAAAAGAAGACAUACUGGAGAGAAGCCUUUUAAGUGUGAUGAAUGUGGUGCCCUGUUUGUUGAAAGAAGAAAUCUUUCUCGUCAUCAACUGACUCAUACUGGUGAGAAGCCUUAUAAAUGUGAAAAAUGUCCAGCAUCAUUUACCCAGAUGAUUGAUCUGAAGCGUCAUCAGAUGUCGCAUAGUGGAUUGAAGCCAUUUAAGUGUGAUAUUUGUGAUGCUGCUUUUAGUCGGAAGAAUAACCUUCGGUGGCAUAAAUUGACUCAUGAGGGUGAUACGCCCUUUAGAUGUGAAAGAUGUAAUGCUGGCUUUAGUCUUCAGAGGGACAUGAAGGCUCACAUGAGGACACAUUCUGGCACAAAACCAUUUAGCUGUGACCAGUGUGGGGCAACAUUUUCACAGUUUAGUACAUUGAAACGACAUAGGCAGGGACACACAGGAGAAAGACAUUAUGUUUGUACCAAAUGCCAUGGAGCUUUUAAGGAUAAGAGUGCAUUGAAGAGACAUAUGUUACGCCACGAUGGAGUAAGACCAUUUGCUUGCCAAAAAUGUGACUCUACUUUUAUUGAAUUUCGGAACCUUAAACGGCAUAAAGUGACCGUUCAUGGGGAAGAGCGUUUUGAAGGAGGUGAUGGCUUAGCUGAAGCAAGGGAAAGUGAAAACAAUCAGAACAUUCCUCCCCCCAAGAAGAGAAUGGGAAAAGUUGAGGAAGAAGAGGCAAUCAGUGAUAUAUAUGAUGCAAGUUAUCAAGCAGUUUCUUUAGUCCAGAAUCAAGAAGUUGCUCAGCAACAGCAACAUGUUGGUCAGUCAGUACCUCUAGCACCACCAACACCUCUUCAGCAAAAUCAACAGCAAUCCCACACCUCUACAGUACAAACACACCCUCAACCUCCCAUGAUUAGUGAUAUUGUUACUAUUCCUGCUCAGGGCCCUGGACAAGUACCUACCUUAUUGCUAACACAGCCUGGUCAACCGCCAAAGACUGCCCGUCCUGCAAAUAACUGUCAGAAUCACCAGUCUCAUGUUUUAACAUUUGUAGAUGGCAGCUACAAUCAUUGGCAGUCGUGGUGCUUUUGUGAAACUCCAAACGUACCUGGAGCUUCACAGACCGUUAUAGAUAAUGGAAGUACAGUCAGUCAUCCAUCUACAUCUGCUGCUGCUGCUGUUCAGCAGCAUCAGCAAGUCACAUACACAGAGCUUCAGCAGUCACAACCACAACCACAGCAACAACAAACUGUGGGUGUGCAGGAGGUUAGUCAAACUGAAUAUCACCCAACUACUCAGUUUAAUAGUGGAUACCCAGAGCCUAUACACCAUUAUGAUGAAAGUCAUCAUCAGGAACCCUUAGAUCCUCUUUCCCAUCAUCACCAGUCCCAGCUUCAGUCGCACAGUGAAGCUGAAGUUAAAAUUGCUAUUGAGACUCCACGAUUGUUUACAGUGCCAGGCAUUCAAGAUGAGCAGCAACAGCCCCAGCAGCAAGACCAGCAGGAGCAGCAGCAGCAGCAGCAGCAGCAGCAACAGCAGCAGCAGCAACAACAGCAACAGCACAGCCACCAUCACCACCAGCUUCAUCCUCACCAAGAACAAGAUCAAGAGCAACAAGUGGAUCCUCAAGUCACUUUCCAGUACAGUUUAACUGUUAAUAAUCCUGCCACAGGUGACAUACAGAUUCAGAGCGAAGCAUUUCCUGCUAAUCCUCCUGAUCCACCUGCUGAUCCACCCAUCAAAAAAAGACGUCUGACAAAGACUUCAGAUUCUCAAGAAGCUAGAACAUUCACCUGUAAUUCCUGCCCAAAAACAUUUUCAAGAAUAAAUCACUUACUAAUACACCAACGUACACACACUGGAGAAAAGCCAUUUCAGUGUGGUGUUUGCUUUCAAUCAUUUACACACAAAAACAGUUUGACUAUCCACAUGCGAGGACACACUGGGGAACGUCCUUAUGUUUGUGAAACUUGUGGAUCAUCAUUCACUCAAAAAAGUAACUUAAGAGUUCAUUCACGCACUCAUACAGGAGAAAAGCCAUUUAAAUGUGAUAUGUGUGAUGUUGCUUUCACUCAGGGGAGCCACUUAACUGCACACAAACGAAUUCAUAAUAAUGAUCGUCCAUUUGCAUGUGAGAGUUGUCAGCAAACAUUUACCCAACGUAGUGCUCUUAAGCGCCACCUUAUAACACAUACUGGGGAUAAGCCACAUAAAUGUAAUGACUGCAAUGCUAGAUUUUCACAAAGGGAUGAUCUUAGAAGACAUCAGCGUGUGCAUUCUGGGGAUAAAUCUGUUACCUGUGCAUGUAUGUAUUGUACUGUAUCCUUCAGUGAUAGAACUGCCUUGGCUAGGCACAUUCGAACAGUUCAUCAGGGCAAGCAAGAGGCCCUUGGAGAUGGACAAAAAAAGAAAAAGAAGAAGUCGGUUGGAAAACAGGGUACAGGUCAUGAGGGUAGCCCUAAAAAUUCUAAAACUAAGUCAAAAUUUACAGAACCAACACGAACUAGUAGACGACUUCGUGAAGCAGCAGAAAAGAAGAAAUAUAAGCCAGAAAAUUCUGAUUUUAUUAUAGGAGACUUUGUAGAAAUUGAAGAAGAUAUAAAGCCUUUAAUCCACCAGAGAGGAUCAAAGAAAUCUGUAAAAUUAGAGGGAGUAAAAGGUGAUGCUAAAAAUAAAAUGGAAUCAUGGUGCUUUUGUGAAGUUCCUCAUGGGCCUGAUGAGCCUCACACACAUGCAUCAGUAGAGUCCAAAUCAAGGAGUGAUCAGUCCACGGCUAUUUUGUCCACUGUGGAUGAAGCUAACUCACAUGUGUCUGCUCAUGAAUCUACUGUUGCUAGUGCUGAUGCUUCAGGUGCAACCUCUUUGCUUCAACUGUCUAUGGAGCAUGUGACUCACAAUCAAUCAUCAGGAACCAUUGGUGGAGGCCUUCAAACCCAUUCUGUUGGAGGUACUGUUAAUCUUGGUGCCUCUGCUAUUAUGGGACCUUCACAUGUUGCAGAAGCACCUGUUAUUACAACAUCCACAAGCCAGCACACACAGGUGACCACAGUUGGUCAAGAAGAAUCCUCAGUUAAUCAGAAUUUACCGAAUGGACAGGUGGUUACCACUGUGGGUCAUGCAGGAUCUGGUCAAGCCAAUAGUCGAUUAGUCAGUCAUCCCAUGUUAACCACUGGUCAUGUUUUGUCUGCUGGUCAAAUAGUUGGUGCUAGUCAGUUGAUGACACAAGACGGAGCAAUAUUCAUAGAAGCAUCAGGAGAGAUGUUGAGCAAUGGGGCUGUUGUUAUCAACUCAGGGCAUGGUACUUUCAUCAGCUAUGAUCAAAUCACUCUCAGUCAAGAUGGCCAGGUAAAGAAACAAUGAUUUUUUUGUCAUGUCUUUCAUUACUAAAACAAUGAUAGUGUUACAUAUAACCUGUUUGUGAUUACAAGAUUGUCUUUCCAUUGUGAUUUGUUUACUGGGUGGAGACCUUGUUAGAAUUUUGAGCACUUAAAUUUAUUAAGCAGAUGAGCAAAUGCAACUCAGAAAUUUAGACAUCAACAUCUUCAUCAUUUAGGUGUAAUACCCUUCAGGGGAGGUUCCUUGGUACUGGUAAGUGGCUCUUGAUCCAAGAAAUUGGAGCUGUCCUCCUUUUCCUUUGAUCAAACCUUAGUGCUUCCCAUUUUUAGGUGAUUUAUCACCCUUGUGGGUUCAGCACUUUCCUCUAAAAAUAAUAAAUAUAAUGAUGUAGGAAGUACAGUGCUUGCACUCUGAAGGCGGGGGUAGGGAUAUUGCAGAUUGGAGGGGCUUCUGAGCUGUUGUGCCAGUGCCUCCUCUAGCAAGACGACGAUGGCAUAAGUGUUGGGGAAAGUGUUCCUUCUUUGUUUGGGCAUCCUACAUCAGUGGGAGACAGCUAGUGUGUUAAAAAUGAUAAUGAUGAUGAUGAUAAUAAUACAGUGGACCCCCGCAUAACGAUAUUAAUCCGUUCAUGAGAUCUCAUUGUUAUGCGAAAUUAUCGUUAUGCAAAUAAAUUUUCCCCAUAAGAAAUAAUGGAAAUCAAAUUAAUCCGUGCAAGACACCCCAAAGUAUGAAAAAAAAAAAUUUUACCACAUGAAAUAUUAAUUUUAAUACACACAAACUGAAAAAGGCAUGCACAGUUACAUGACACUUACCUUUAUUGAAGAUCUGGUGAUGAUUGAUGGGAUGGGAGGAGGAGAGAGUCUUAGUGUUUAGAAGGGGAAUCCCCUUCCAUUAAGACUUGAGGUGUCAAGUCCUUUUCUGGGGUUACUUCCCUUCUUUUAAUGCCACUAGGACCAGCUUCAGAGUCACUGGACUUCUGUCGCACAACAUAUCUGUCCAUAGUGGCCUGUACCUCUCGUUCCUUUAUGACUUUCCUAAAGUGUUUCACAACAGUGUCAGUGUAAUAGUCACCAGCAUGGCUUGCAAUAGCUGUGUUAGGGUGAUUGUCAUCAAAAAAGGUUUGCACUUUAAGCCACAUUCCACACAUUUCCUUAAUCUUUGAAGUAGGCAACUUCUUCAAUUUCUCUCUCCCCUCCUCCGAACCAGUUUCCUCAGGUCUGGCCUCUUGCUGUUGAAGUUGAUCUAGCAGCUCAUCAGUGGUUAGUUCUUCAUUGUCCUCCUCCACCAACUCUUCCACAUCAUCCCCACUAACCUCCAACCCCAAGGACUUUCCCAAUGCCACAAUGGAUUCCUCAACUGGCAUAGGAUUCCCAAGGUUAGCCUCAAACCCUUCAAAAUCCCUUUGGUCUACACAUUCUGGCCACAGUUUCUUCCAAGCAGAGUUCAAGGUCCUCUUAGUCACUCCCUCCCAAGCCUUACCUAUAAGGUUUACACAAUUGAGGAUAUUAAAGUGAUCUCUCCAAAACUCUCUUAGAGUCAAUUGAGCACCUUUCAAACAGAGCUUUUGUGUACAGUUUUUUGAAGUUUGCAAUAACCUGCUGGUCCAUGGGCUGCAGGAGAGGAGUGGUAUUAGGAGGCAAAAACUUCACCUUAAUGAAGUUCAUGUCCCCAUAAAGUCGCUCUGCCACGUCUGUAGGAUGACCAGGGGCAUUGUCUAACACCAGGAGGCACUUAAGGUCUAAUUUCUUUUCAGUUAGGUAAUCUUUCACAUUGGGGGCAAAUGCAUGGUGUAACCAGUCAUAGAAAAAGUCCCUAGUGACCCAUGCCUUACUGUUUGCCCUCCACAGCACACACAAAUUAGCCUUGAGGAUAUUCUUUUGCCUGAACGCUCUGGGAGUUUCUGAGUGAUACACUAAUAAAGGCUUCACUUUGCAAUCACCACUAGCAUUGGAACACAUCAACAGAGUAAGCCUGUCUUUCAUAGGCUUAUGUCCUGGGAGUGCCUUUUCCUCCUGAGUAAUGUACAUCCUGCUUGGCAUUUUCUUGCAAAACAGGCCUGUUUCAUCACAAUUAAGCACUUGUUCAGUUUUCAGUUCUUCACUGUCUAUGUACUCCUUGAAUUCCUGCACAUAUUUUUCAGCUGCUUUGUGGUCCGAACUGGCAGCCUCACCAUGCCUUAUCACACUAUGUAUGCCACUACGCUUCUUAAAUCUCUCAAACCAACCUUUGUUGGCCCUAAAUUCACUCACAUCAUCACUAGUUGCAGGCAUUUUUUUUAAUUAAAUCCUGAUGCAACUUCCUAGCCUUUUCACUUAUGAUCACUUGAGAGAUGCUAUCUCCUGCUAUCUGUUUUUCAUUUAUCCAUACCAAUAAGAGUCUCUCAACAUCUUCCAUCACUUGCGAUCUCUGUUUCGAAAACACAGUUGAACCUUUGGCAAGAACAGCUUCCUUGAUUGCCGUUUUGUUGGACACAAUAGUAGCGAUGGUUGAUUGGGGUUUACUAUACAACCUGGCCAGCUCGGAGACACGCACUCCACUUUCAUACUUAGCAAUGAUGAUCUCUUUCUUUAUCUCUAUAGUAAUUCUCACCCUUAUUCCUGUAGGGUUGGCACUAGAAGCUUUCUUGGGGCCCAUGGUCACUUAUUUUGCAGAUAAAAUCACCAAAAACACUGUAAUAAUACGAAAUGUUCCGAUUGUAUGCUUGGAUGUUACCGCGGAGGCUAGCUGGUAAACAAUGCCACUGGCGGAACAUGUGAGGCUGGCUCAGGCCGCACAUUAGACGCGUCUCGGACGAAUAGCAUUGAGCGGGUUUUUUAGCGGUAUGCGAGGCAAAAUCUUAGCGAUAAAAUGUAUCGGUAUGCGGAUUUAACGUUAUGUGAUGCCAACGGUAUGCGGGGGUCCACUGUAUAAUUAACAGAGUAUAUAUAAAAUAUGAAAUAACUUUUAAAAACACUUGAAAUUUUACAGUUUCCAGACAUAAUGGAGAGACUUAGUGCUUACGGAUCUCGCACAGAAUGUAAACAAACCGGGUGGGGCACAGUGACCGUAUUAGAAAGUCAGGUGGGGGAGCCUUAUAGAGAGUUUUAGUCAUAAUUUGAAAUGACCGUAUUAGCGGAACACCAUAAAGCGGAGCCCUACUCUAUAUUUAUUAUCAAACCGGUCAUAUCCCACCAAGGCAGGGUGACCUAUAAAGAAAAACAAAAGUUUCUCUUUUUAAAUUGAGUAACGUAUACAGGAGAAAGAGUUCUAGCCCCUUGUUCCAAAUAAUGCAUUUAAUUUAAUAAUAAUAUAGUAAUUAUAAUUAAAAUAUUGUGGUAACAGGUUUUCUCUUGAUAUGCCUGACAGAAACAUAGCUGUUGGAGUCUGAUAUAGCAGUGGUUGCAGCUGCUCUCCCCAUGUCCUUUUUGAUUUACUGUAUUCCAAAGUUAGCUGCUACUCAUGGUGAAGGAGUUGUCGUUUUUUUCUUUGUUUCUGCCAUGCAUUCAUUAUAUACCUUUUAAGAUAAUGGAAGUAGCAGCAAAUUGUCAUCAGCAGAUUUAAGAAUAAUCCUGUACUGAUGGUUCAGAUUUCUUGUUUCUUAAUGAAUUUUGUUUUCUUAUUGAAUCUUUUGCAAAAAAAAAAAAAAAAUAGUCAUCUUGUGUGGCGACUUUAAUUAUUGGA